AUGACGGAAUCCUCCUCCUCUCGUCUCCAAAAUGACUAUGGAGCUGAUCUCUGGGUUCGCUCUGGCGCGGAACGUCGCCACCCAACGGCUGGACGAGGGCUCUUUGCCGGCCUCCAAGACGUGAAGCACUAUAAUGUCGACCAUGGCUGGGCCAAGCGCAGCCAGGAUCAAUCACAGGGGCUGUUUAGUUUCCUGUGGAGUCGGUUUACGGGAGGAGCCUAUCGUCCCCCGACAGAUUCAUAG